AUGUUUAAAAGUCAUCUAGAAAUGAUCGGCAGAAAUGAGACGCCGUCGAAGAAAGCCAGGUUUUGGCAGUCCUUCGUGCGGUCUCUAAAAGGAUCAGAAGACAUCAGAGCGGAGGAGAGGUACAGGCCUACGCGCCGUAGCGUUUUCCCCGAGCUCCUGUCUACCUAUCCCUACUCCAAGUCCAUCUACGACGACCCCAUCGGCGCCGCAGAGAGGAUCACUGUGCCCGGAUAUCGCUACCUGCCAGUCCAUCGCGAGGUCUACGGGUACUCUCCGCGUCCAAUUUACGCGCACAACUACCCCAGCUCCCUCGACCGGUACAGGCCAAUUUACCACGUGCCGAGGCGUAUCCGACGCGGCGUCGAUCCCUUCGACGCUCACAAGGCGUGGCAAGACCAUUUAGACAGGCUGGCUGCCAUCGACAGGCUGUAUCCCUCUCGUUAUGGCCUCUACCUGAAGGACCGGGCGUACCCCAUCACCGACCUAACCGCACCAAUUAUCGACCCUCUCGGACCCAAGAGCCUUAAAGGCAUCGAAUAUGAACCUGACUCCAAACCUCACUGGGGAACAGGAGCGUGGCCGGCGAGGAUAUCGGACGCGUUCAAAAGGGACCCAUUUUUCGCCGAAGCCGAAAAAUGGGCGGACUUUGAUCGCGGACUCCGAGGGAAAUCCCCGACACCGGUGAAGCCAAGGAUAAGCCCGCCUCGCGAUAGUGAGGUCGCUUUUGAUGCCGAUGGUGCUCCGUUGUACAACGCCGGCGGCUUGAGGCGUCCCUGGGCUGACAUUUUCAACCCGAGCCCCUCACUGCCAAUCUCGGCGAUAACUCGGGACCCCUUCUGGUACGACUGGCCGUUGCUGAAACCGCUCGCUAGAUGGGACCGCAGCCCUUCCUACAUCCGCGACUCAUACCUGUCGCCAGUCAAACGCACCUUCCUCUGGGACAAGCACCCGAUCAGGCCUUUAGCCGCCGCUUAC